AUGGACCUCUCUCUGGCUCUCAGACAGUCUGGAGCAGAGGCCACAGAGGAAACACAGAAGAUCAGAGCACGGAGCCUGGAGCCUGAAUUUUCUGAUGAAGAGUUUGCAUCUUCUCCAUCUCCCACGCGGUUGGACAACGCCCGCAGCAACACCCGGCACAAAAUAGUGGGAAGGGAAAGCUGUCAGAUCAGAUUUAGCCUAGUUUCGAGCUCCAGCCAUUAA